AUGACAAAAUUGAAUCUCCACCAAUUGAACAAUGAAGAAAGGAAUAAAAUUCUUAAUGUCUUGGAACGUUAUUAUACAACACAAGAAGCAAAACGUGAUCGAAUAAGGCAAUUACGUGAACGAUUAAAGAUAUUAAAGGAUAAAGGUGUUAUUCGUUCCCAUGAAAAACCAGGAAUACGUGUUUGCAGCCGUUGUAGAGGAAAAUUAGGCAUGUUUUUUAAUACUGGUGCUAUAUGUAACCGCUGCGAACGUCGAGUUUGCCAAUCUUGUUGCCAAGAACCAAGAUCUGAUGGUGGUGCUCGCUAUAUUAUUUGCAAUGUUUGCAGUAUUGAACGAAUGUUCAAGUUAGUUUGA